AUACACAACAGCUGGCCCGCCAAAAAUGAUUUGUAUGCGCGCUCUUUUGGAUACGUAGAAAAAAUCUCUUCAUAGAAUUAAAUUCGAGCACUAACAAUGAGUCCCGCAAACAAAUCACAGGCUGAUAUAAGCGUAGAAGACGAAGAAGAAAUUCUAGCACUUGAAAAACUAUUAAGCGAAGCUGAAAACGAUAAUGGAACGGAAAGUGCAAACGCAGCAGCACCGAAACCACCAACACUAGCCACCGCAGUGCCCCGAUUACGUGAAGACGACAGCUUUGCAGACGCCUUUAGCUAUGAGGUGACCGCCAAGCCAGCAAAAACAAAUGCAGAUACAAUAGCGAAAGCGGCAGAGCCAGAGCUCGAUUCAUCGGACGACGAAGAGGUCAAGAACUUCUUGGAGCGCAAAUAUAAUGAGUACGGCAGCGACAUCAACAAAAAACUCAAACAGCAGCGUGAAACUGCACACGAAAGCAAAGUGGCACGCGAGGUGGAUCAGUCAUUAAAAACAACGACAAAACUGGUGACUUCAUCGUCUCAGCCGGAGGCAUUGCGUCUCAAGAAUCCGCAUAAUCCCAUCAAACGAACGGCGCUGGCAGGCAACUCAUUCCAGAGACCAGCAUCGACAGCAGCAGCAGCUGCUGCCACAACCUCUGGCCAAUCUCUGCAGCAGUCAAAGAUCACGGCUGUUUACACGGAUCCCGUUUUCGGGCUGCGUAUGAUCAAUCCAUUGAUAUCUAGUACUUUGCUGCAGGAGCGCAUGAAUGGUCGCAAGGCGGUGCCUUUUUCUGGUCUAGCCUUUCAUAUUGAACGCGGUGAUUUGUCCAAGGAUUGGGUUAUUGCCGGCGCAUUGGUCACCAAGCAGCCGGUGCGAAAUACCAAAAAAGGUGAUCCCUAUUCCACAUGGACUCUCUCAGAUCUGCGUGGCGAAAUGAAGACUGCCACUGUCUUCCUCUUCAAGGAGGCACACAAAUCAUUGUGGAAAACAGCAGAAGGCAUGUGCCUGGCCGUGCUCAAUCCGACUAUCUUUGAGAAGCGCGCGGGCAGCAAAGAUGUCGCUUGUCUGUCCAUCGACACCUCACAGAAGGUGAUGAUUCUCGGCCAGUCCAAGGACCUGGGCACGUGCCGUGCAACCAAAAAAAACGGCGACAAAUGCACAGCUCUUGUUAACCUGACCGACUGCGACUACUGCGUCUUCCACGUGAAGCAAGAGUUUGGUAAAAUGUCCCGCCGUUCCGAGCUGCAGUCGGCGACAACGGGACGCGGCCUCAACGAGCUGCGCAACAAAGUGCUGGGCAAGAAUGAGGUGUUCUAUGGUGGUCAAUCCUUCUCGGCCGUGCCGGCACGCAAAAGCGCCAAGCUUAUCAACAAGGAGCGCGAGCGGCUCAGCAAGCUGGCUGGAUACGAUAUCUCGCCCUUUGCCCAUAGCGUUGAUCACAAGUCUAAGCCGCAUGCCACCCUGCCAGAGAGUGUGCCCUAUGCAGAGCGUGGUGGACCCGUCUCACGGCUGGCCGGCAAUGUGGAGGCUUCAUCCAAGCAGCGUUACAAGGAUCUCGAGCGCUUGCGUCUGCUCCGCGAAGAGAACGAACGUUUUGCAAAGAAAGCAGCCGCAUCAACUCAAGAGACUCCAACAACUCCCAUACCCAAGGUAGGUGAGCCGCCCACCACACCGCAAAGCGUGCCGGAUAAGUUCAAGAAUCGUGGAUUCUCAUUCGAUGCCAGUCUGACACCGAAACUGGCGGGAAGCGAGAACUUCAGUUUCGAGGUGAACAUUGGAGCGCGGAAGGCGCAGAGCGCCAAAUCAAGAGCAGCAGCGCUGUUCAAGAUGAAGCCGCUGGAAAAGGUCAAUCCUAAUUCCACGCGCGGCACUGAGUCUGGCAAACGACGUGCCAUCGAUGAGCUGCACGAGAAGUUCAGCAACACAGCCAAACGGCAAAAGCUCGAGGAAGAGGAACGCGAAUUGAUGCGUAAAUCGCGCAUCGAGAGAAUCAUGGCUGCCACAUCCUCCCACACGAAUCUAGUCGAUAUGCGAGAACAGGAAGCGCAAGACGACUAUUUCAAUAAACUCGAGCGCAAAGAGGCCAUGGAGGAGAAGAUGUUGAAUACGUAUAAAAUGCCCUGCAAGGCGGUUAUCUGCCAGCGCUGCAAAUACACAGCCUUCGCGGCCGCCGAGCGCUGCAAGGAGGAGAAACAUCCACUGAAAGUCGUGGAUGCUGAGAAGCGUUUCUAUCAGUGCAAGGACUGCGGCAAUCGCACCACCACCGUCUUCAAGAUGCCCAAGCACAGCUGCAGCAGCUGCAAAGGCUCACGCUGGGAGCGCACGGCCAUGAUCCGGGAGCGUAAGGUACUCACGGGCCGUGAAACCCUCUCGGUGCGAGGGGACGAGGAGACCUUUUUGGGCAGCGUGGCCAGUGGGGCGAGUCUCAAUCUGCUCGUGCCCGAGGAGGAAUAGAUAGAAUAGGGUUCGAAACUUGAUCGAUGAGAGGAAAAGACUCGGACUGCGUUAUCUUGUAUGUUAAUAUAUUUGGAAUAUUAUAUAGAAAUGACAUAGUUAUAAAUAUAUAUUAUGUAUAAAGUUUUAUAUACAGUCUAGUAUUUGGCAUAUACACAUUGAAUAAGUACAAAUGGUCCGAAAUUCUUAAGGCUUAUGUGUUCAGUAGUAUGUCUCUGUAUGCCUUAUACAAGUGGCUCCAUGUAUUCUUAAAAAGUUGGUGCAC